UCAUGUAAAUCCCCGAACACUUAUUUAUAUUAAAAAAAAAUCCGUAUAUUCCAGAUCAAUGCGAAAGAGGUUAAAGAGUGGGGAUGAAUUUUCAGAAUCCUAACAGGUUACAUUUUCAGCGUUUCAGUCUGUAAAGGUUGAGCGGACGAGACGGUUUCAGUGCCCGCGAUUCGCUUGAAAAAUACACGUUUUUACAUUAGAAGAGGAUUUUUAGUUUUAGUGAUGUUUAUGUGCUGAGAUAAAGGGGAUAUUUUUUGUGGAUUCGUCAUGGGAAAAACUUUGUACAUACUCUUGAAUAAAUUUGUUUGGUCGGUGGAAUUCUUGCCAUCGUUGCUCUGAAAACAAUUUGAAUUAUUUACAAAGCGUUUUUUCAAAGUUUUUCAAGUGCUCCAAAUGACUUCGGAAGAUUCGGUUCCGGGGACUGCCGCUCCGCCAGAAAGCGGAAAUAAAACAACCGAACCGACCGCUAGUGAUUCACUCAGUUCGCAAAGAGUGUUCAAGAAAUCAUCUCCUAAUAAUAAGCUGACAAUGUACUUGAGUUCCCGUGAUUUGGUUGUGUCCGCAGGUAGAAUCGAUCGACUCCAAGGAGUCUUACUGGUCGACCCGGAGUUUGUCGAGAACCGGAAAGUUUAUGGACAGGUCACACUCACGUUCAGAUAUGGACGAGAAGACGAAGAAGUGAUGGGUUUAAAAUUCUGCAACGAAGCGAUCAUGUGUUUGGCACAAUUGUAUCCACCUCAUCCUGCCGCUCAAGCGCCCGAAGGUAACACACCAUUACAGGACGCAUUGCUGAAGCGUUUAGGUAGCAAUGCGUAUCCUUUCAGCAUGGAAAUUACGCCUUUGGCACCACCUAGUGUUCAAUUAGUGCCAGCCAAAGAAUAUAACGGGGCCCCCAUUGGGACCAGUUAUGAUGUAAGAGCUUACGUCGCUGAUCGAGCCGACGAAAAGUUUCAUCGUAAAGCAACUGUCCGCAUGGGAAUACGAGUCGUGCAGCGAGCGUACGCACCCCCUUCACCCCAUCUGUACAACCCCCGUCAUUUGUCACGAUCGCAAAACAAGAAGACGUUAUUCGGAUGUAAAAGUGCUCCCUUAGACGUCAAGUUCCCCAAAGAACAACAGAACAAAGCAAGGUCGAUGGAAACUGGCUUGGAACAGAACAGGAUCGAGGAAACACCGACUCAUACGCCACCGUCACGAACUAAUCUUCAAGUCUCGAUAGAAUACAAAAACGAAAAGAACGAAACACAAAGUGACAAAGAAACGCACGUUUCUUUCGGUGAAACGAUCACGAACGGAAUUGAACAAGCACAAGAUGAAAACGAUCGCCAAGAAUCACCGACGAAAUCGCAUCAACAGGACGAUAACGAGCAAAACAUCGAAGAGCAAUUUCGUUCUCUGUGUGGUGGCAAACGUCCCAGUUUAGCGGCGUAUCUCGCUGGCGUCCCGGCGCCAUGUGCUCAAGUCGAAAAACCGUUUCUUCUGAGCGAAGGCAAAGUGCAUUUGCUUGCAUCUCUCGACAAAGCAAUCUAUUCCCAUGGCGAGGAGAUACAUGUCUUUGUUCAGAUCAAAAACAACAGCAACAAAACAAUACGACGGAUAAAGGUUUUUGUAGUGCAACACGUGGACGUUUGCAUGUUUUCCAACGGGAAAUUUAAGAACGUUGUCGCAAUGAUAAAUUCAAAGGAGAAUUGCCCCAUUACAUCAAACACCAUCUAUGAGCAUACAUUUUCUCUGCUUCCCGUGAAAAGUUCAACGAAAAAUUGGAUCGCUUUGGAGGAUUCGUACACAAAACAGGGCACCAGUUUGGCUUCAACGGUCACUUGUUCGGCUAAUAACCCCGACGAACGCAACGUAUUUGCCAUCUAUGUCUCCUAUUACGUCAAAAUCAAACUGCUGGUGAGCGUGAUGGGCGGAGAAGUGUCUUUGAAACUACCCUUCACCCUCAUGCACACUUGCUCCGACUUUGAACACACUGAGACACUAAUUCGAGUCUCAAAACCCGAUUUCGAACCGAAACAAGUGCUAGAAUCGGUCAAAGAUGGGACGUGAGACAAGGCUGAAGUUAUCGUCGAGAUUAAUAAAGCUGGUGAUGAAGAUAAGGUCGUGGUGGUGUCCAAAACGGAUUCUGACGAAACAGUGCAGAAAAAAACAUCCAUUGUACGCAACAAUCAAGUCGAUUACGAUCAAAUUGUGCCAGUGAAAAGUGAAAGUGAUGUGGAGGAAAUCAAGGUGGAAAGUGCUAAAGAAAAAGGAUUCAGUUUGCAUAGAGCGUUGUGUUGUUUAAGAACUAGAAGAACGUCCUAGUCGGAUUGUAUGUUAUUGUAUAUGGGGCCCUAUAAUCUAGCACUGUGUCUUAAUUCUUACAAACAUACGUACUAUACCUUUUUUCCUACCUCAUCCUUAAAAACACAAAUUUCGAUUUUUUUUUACUUUAAUAUACAGUCGAUGGUUACGACUACAUUUUUCUGUAAAUUAUUAUUUAUGUACAAAUACUACAUAUAAAAUAAAUAAAAAAGAGCACGAUAAAA